UACACCCCAUUCUAAGAUCUUGCACUUUGUAGAAGCGUUGUAAGCGCGGCCUGCAUGUGCUGGCUAUCAUCUGGACAAGCACACAUCUCAGUCUCAUCUUGGAUCUAAGUUGCUGUGUGUCUUCUGGGACGCGUCUCAGGUCGUUCCAUGGGUAGACCAGCCUGUGACCGACCGUACAGCAUGCUAUAUCCAGAACGCCAUUCUUUUUUCUACCUACCGUCUUACCCGCGGAGCAUGGCAGACAUGGCUUGAGGUCGAGAACAAAGGGACUAACCGACGUGCUGUUACCAUUUAGGUCCGUGGUCGUGACAAUGUUGGUGCCAAGAUGGACAGCAUGGAACUCGAGCGCGAGAAGGGUAUCACUAUUCAAAGCGCGGCAACGUACUGCAACUGGAUAGCCACGGAACCGGUCACUGGCAAGAAAGAAAACUACCACGUUAACAUCAUCGACACACCCGGACACGUCGAUUUUACCAUUGAGGUUGAGCGCGCGCUGCGUGUGCUCGAUGGUGCCGUUCUAGUCUUGUGUGCGGUCGCCGGUGUUCAGAGCCAGACCACAACGGUCGACCGUCAAAUGCGUCGGUACAACGUUCCCCGAAUUUCGUUCAUCAACAAGAUGGAUCGCCCUGGUGCGAACCCCUGGAGGGUUAUUGACCAGAUUCGGACGAAGCUCAGGAUGCCGGCUGCUGCGGUUCAGGUUCCCAUUGGUGUCGAGGACGACCUUCGUGGUGUCGUCGACUUGGUUCGCUGGAAGGCCAUCUACCACGAAGGCGAAAAGGGUCAGGUUGUCAUAGAGAAAGACGAGAUCCCGGAAGAGGUUCUCGAGCUUGCUAAGAAGAAGCGCGCCGAGCUCAUUGAGCAGCUUGCUGAGGUCGACGAGCAGAUUGGCGACAUGGUCAUCAUGGAAGAGGAGCCCAACACGGAACAGCUUGUCGCAGCCAUCCGCCGUGCGACUUGCGGUCUCAAGUUCUCUCCGGUCUUCAUGGGCUCAGCAAUCAAGAACACGGCCGUACAACCGAUGCUCGACGGUGUUUGCGCGUAUAUGCCUACUCCAUCCGAGAGCGUCGUCACCGCUCGGGACUCCACUCUACCUGUUAAUGCUCCGCUAAUUCCUCUGGUUCCUGCCGCUGCUGCUCCACUUGUUGUGCUCGCAUUCAAGCUGGAGGAAGGCCGUUUUGGUCAGCUCACCUACAUGCGCAUCUACCAGGGCAGUAUCCGCAAGGGUCAGUUCAUUUUCCACGCUCGUACUGGCAAGAAGAUCAAGGUCUCGCGUCUGGUCCGCAUGCACAGUAACGAGAUGGAAGACGUUGAUCAUAUCGGUCCUGGCGAGAUCUGUGCCAUCUUCGGUAUCGAGUGCGCGUCGGGAGACACUUUUACGGACGGUUCGACUAACUAUACCAUGUCUUCAAUGUUCGUCCCAGAACCGGUCAUCUCGCUCGCCUUGAAGCCUGUCGGCCAAGAGUCGCCUAACUUCUCUCGCGCUCUCAACCGCUUCAGGCGUGAAGACCCAACGUUCCGUGUACACAUCGAUCCCGAGAGCAAGGAGACGAUUAUCAGCGGCAUGGGUGAACUCCACCUCGAAAUUUAUGUCGAACGUAUGCGCCGCGAAUACAACGUUGACUGCACUACCGGCAAGCCCCGUGUCGCGUACCGCGAGGCCAUAACAGCGCGCGCAGACUUCAGCUACACACACAAGAAGCAGACCGGUGGUGCCGGCCAGUUCGCUCGUGUCAUCGGUUGGAUCGAGCCCAUGGAGAAGGACGAGGAAACUGGCAAGGAUGUCGCGUUCGUCAACCAGCUCAUGGGUACCAACAUCCCGCACCAAUACAUUCCAGGAUGUGAGAAGGGUUUCUUUGAGGCUCUCGAGAAGGGUACCCUUGCAGGCGCUCCCAUUACUGGCACUCGCUUUGUUCUCACUGAUGGUCUCGCCCACAUCGUCGACUCGUCCGAGCUUGCGUUCCGUCUCGCCGUCAUCGGUGCCAUCCGUGAAAUUUACUUCAAGGCGCAGCCCGUUAUUCUCGAGCCGAUCAUGACCGUCGAGGUCAUCGCGCCAUCCGAGUUCCAGAGCGCAGUCAUCGGUGGCGUUAACACCCGCCGCGGCACGAUCUUGAACAGCGAUGUCCGCGAGGACGAGUUCACCAUCACAGCCGAGGUGCCACUCAAUGACAUGUUUGGCUACUCCAACGCGCUCCGUGGUGUGACGCAGGGUAAGGGCGAGUUCACAAUGGAAUACAAAACUCACGCGCCUGUUCUGCCGAACUUGCAGAAGGAGCUCUCCGAGGCGUACAGGAAGUCGCUUCCUCAAGCCAAAAAGUAGAGCUUUUGCUAAGCCCACGACGUGAUUACCGUCCCCUAGAGUCGUAUAAUACAACACGGUGUUUAGAAAGACUUCGCAUCGCUAUCGGAUACUGUCUGCGCUAUAGAUGAUAGAUGUCUCUUACUGCUCAUGAUGUUGGCGCGAUGUCAGACGAAUGUGCAGCCAAAAUCAGUGUUGGUGCGAGGCUCCGCCAAGGUACCACAACGAAAAGCGAGGUC